AUGCUAAACGCGCCCUUCGUUCUCUCCUCGCCCGUCGCGCGCGCUCUAGAAGCUCGAGAAACCCUAGAUCCCUUCGCAGCGAUCGAAACCCAGAUCGAUCCUAAGAAUCUGAUGAGAAGAUGGGAUCGUCUCAGAAGAAGAUCCCUUUCCACAGACACAGGGAAGCAGAGGAGGCCAGGAAGAAGAGGGAGGAGGAUGAAGCUGCUCGUGUCUAUGCUGAGUUUCUGGAGUCUUUUAAUGCCGACAGCACUCCUGGGUCAAAGGCUUUUGUUAGAGGAGGAGUUAUCGAUCCAAAUGAGAAGCUGAAGGCCGAUUCAGAAGGUGGAAAGUCCAAAGAUGGGGCAUCUGUUCCAAAGAAGGGAAGUAGGUAUGUCCCAUCUUUCUUGCCACCAGCAUCUCAAGGAAGAGAUGCUGACAAAAAGGAGGAGGAGAAGCCAAGGGAGAAGGAGAAAGGAAAACAACGAUCUAUCGAUAAGUUUUUGGAGGAGCUGAAGUAUGAACAAGAAUUAAGGGAGAAGCGUAAUCAAGAACGCGAACAGUGGAGAGAAGGUCGCCACAAUGAUAAUAAAGCUCCACCUAGCCGUUUUGAUGAGCUACCAGAUGAUUCUGAUCCAAGUGGAAAGUUUCCAGGUUCAUUUGAUGAGGGGGAUCCUCAAACCACAAACUUGUAUGUUGGGAACCUCUCACCAAAGGUGGAUGAAAAUUUUCUUUUGAGAACAUUUGGGAGGUUUGGACCCAUUGCUAGUGUGAAGAUAAUGUGGCCUCGAACCGAAGAGGAACGGCGGAGGCAAAGAAAUUGUGGCUUUGUUGCUUUCAUGAACAGAGCUGAUGCACAAGAUGCCAAGGAUGAAAUGCAAGGUGUAGUUGUUUAUGAAUAUGAGUUGAAGCUUGGGUGGGGUAAAUCUGUGGCUCUUCCAGCACAGGCAUUGCCUGCUCCCCCACCUGGUCACAUGGCGAUCAGAAAUAAGGAGGGUGGUACUGUGAUUAUAUCUGGCCCUGAUGGUGCAGCAGUUACUUCUGUUACAAAUCAAAACUCUGAGUUGGUGCUUACUCCAAAUGUUCCAGAUAUAGUGGUUGUACCUCCUGAUGAUGAUCACUUACGACAUGUGAUGGACACAAUGGCAUUGUAUGUUCUUGAUGGUGGAUGUGCUUUUGAGCAAGCUGUAAUGGAAAGGGGCCGUGGAAAUCCACUUUUUGAUUUCUUAUUUGAUCUUAGAUCAAAAGAGCAUACAUAUUAUGUCUGGAGGCUUUACUCCUUUGCUCAGGGUGAUACGCUUCAGCGAUGGCGGACAGAGCCCUUCAUCAUGAUUACUGGUAGCGGAAGGUGGAUUCCACCUUCUCUGCCACCCAGUCGAAGCCCUGAGCACGAAAAAGAGUCUACUUUUGCAGCUGGUAGAAGCAGGCGUGUGGAAUUGGAGCGUACAUUGACAGAUGCUCAGCGAGAUGAAUUUGAGGACAUGUUGCGGGCCUUGACUUUAGAAAGGAGUCAGAUAAAAGAAACUAUGGGGUUUGCGUUGGAUAAUGCUGAUGCUGCUGGAGAGAUAGUUGAGGUUCUUACCGAGUCUUUAACACUUAAAGAAACACCUAUACCAACCAAGGUUGCAAGACUAAUGCUGGUAUCUGACAUUCUGCAUAACAGUAGUGCCCCAGUGAAGAAUUCUUCUGCAUAUCGUACUAAAUUUGAAGCAACCUUGCCUGACAUAAUGGAGAGCUUCAAUGAUUUGUAUCGCAGCAUCACUGGACGGAUCACUGCCGAAGCACUGAAGGAGAGAGUUCUCAAGGUUCUCCAAGUAUGGGCAGACUGGUUUCUCUUUUCAGAUGCAUAUUUGGGAGGGCUGCGGGCAACUUUCCUUCGAUCAAGCAAUUCAGGUGUCAUCUCCUUCCAUUUGAUAUGCGGUGAUGCACCGGAAGUUGAAAAUAAAACUAGCCAUGAAGAUGUUACUUAUGAUGGAGGCAAGCUUAACCAAGAUGGUGCAUUGUCAAUGGGAAGGGAAGCAGCCAGGAAGGAGCUACUGUGCCUUCCUAUUGCUGAACUAGAAAGGCGCUGCAGACAUAAUGGUCUGUCACUGUGUGGUGGAAGAGAGAUGAUGGUUGCUAGAUUGCUUAAUCUGGAAGAAGCAGAAAGGGAGAGAGGCUAUGAACAAGAUGAUGAUCUAACAUAUGGACAAAGCCAUUCAUAUAAAUAUCCUAGGGAUGAGGGUGGCUGGAAUGCCCAUAAUGCUGGACGUAGAGAACCUAAUCUUAAUACAGGAUUAUUGGGCCCAACUGGAUCAAAGCAGUAUUAUAAUGAAGUGAUUGGGGGACAUGGGAAAGGUUCGGUUUCACUUGAGCAUGAAGCAGUUACAAACAAGAAAGUAAAAUCUGAUCCUGUUUUACUAGUUUCUAAGUGGAGCCGAGAGGAUGAUGGUAGUGAUGAUGAAGAUAAGAAAAGUCCUCCAGGUUUGGGCUUAAGUUAUUCAUCUGGGAGUGAAGAUGCUGAUAAUCUUGGAAAGGCUGCUGAGUUGGAUGUAACUACUGAUGCUGGCAUUCAUGCUCACCUUGACAAUCUUAUGAAUGAAGAAUAUAGACAGAAACUAAGGCGUUUAGAGGUCGCUGUAAUGGAAUACCGUGAAUCUCUUGAAGAACAGGGCUGUCGAAGUAAAGAUGAAAUUGAGAAGAAGGUAGCGAUUCAUCGAAGACGACUUCGAUCUGAAUUUGGUUUAUCAGAUUCUACUGAUGAUUCAGGGAGCAACAAGCAUCCAUCUGCAACUAUGUGCAUUGGAUUCCUGUUGUUGACUCAAACUGCUGAAAUUGCAGAAAGGAUAUCUAUGGAGAGGAAGGAGAGACAUGGUGUCAGUGAUACUGCAAGGAAGCGCCGUCGCAGCCAUAGUCGAAGCCGCAGUCCACAGAGGAAGUCAUCAGACAGGGAUCGAGAUAGGCACCGCGACAGAGACAGGUCACACGAGGAGAGUGGGAGAGCACGGUCACGUGAGAAGAGUGGGAGUAGAGAGAAGGACGAUCAUCAUGACAAGGAUAGGACGAGAGAGAGGGACAAGGAUCGGAGGAAGAAGGUGAAAUAAAGCACUGCAGGGAGUAGGAAUGGGCUUCGAGUACAGGAUUGCUUCUCAUGGGGCUUACAAAUGUUUCUGUCAAGAGUCCAGUGAAGGAGUGCCUGAAAAUGCUACUUUUUGAAGUCUCGAGUAUCUUGAUCGGGUUUGGCUCUAGAAUUGUGGAGGCUGCCUUCAGUGAUUAACAUGAAAGGAGCACUUAAGCUAAGUGGACAUCGUAAAAUCUUAUUUUAGGUAUGAUUUCUGUUUUAAACAAACAAAGUUUUUCUUAGCUGAGAAAGGAUUAAGGUUGGUCAGUUCUACGAGAUGGUAAGAUAUUUCUGCUGUUUAAAUGUUGGUGCAGAUGAAAAGUAACAUGUAUUACCUAAUGCAAAACCGUUGUGGCUGAACGGAUGUGCCUUUCACGAAAGUAGAGAUCAGAAAGCAGCCACCUCAUGAGUUGUAGUGACUUAUAGCUGUAAUGAAAAAUUAUGUUCAAAGACCCUUAACUCUAAACAUUAUUUGUACACACACAAGUCUGAAACAAGAUUUACUUCUGGGCAAACUUGCAUAUAAAGUAUCUACUUACUGGAUCUUGCUAGAA